ACCCCAAAGGCUGAACUAUCUGCCCUCCCUGGAACCAGUGAUAUCAUCAUUCCCAGCACACAGGUCAAGAUCUCGGAAGUGGACACAACACGCUACAUCCACAUAAGACAAGGAGAGAGCUCAACACGUGUGUUCAGAGAAACAUCUGUAUGA